UUAUUAUUAUAUGAGUAAGAAAAAAUCAUAAUUUUGGAGGGAAGAAGCUUAUGUUCCGCAAAAUUCCCCAUUCAUUCAUAUAAGAACCUCUCAUCACAAAAAUUCCCUCCAAAAAUGUCGCUCCUCCUCCCACACAUUUCUUGUUAACGUCCCUUUCCUCUCCUCUCCCUUCUCUUUCCCUAUCUCUCCUCCCUCCCUCCAUUUUUUCGACGGGAGAAUUCGCCAUCCUCCCGUCAUCAAUCACUAUCACCACCACCACCAAUAAUUUUACGAGAGGAAAAGAGGUCAAAAAAAAAAAAACAUAAAAUAAUCGCGGCACAUAAUUACAAUAUGUCCAUGUCAAUGUCAAUGGUAAUGCUAGCGUAGUCUCUCUGGUAAUGGGCCACCGGAGAGUUCACUCAGAGAUUCUUUUACGAAUUCCCGACCAAAUUAGCUUCGGGGGUUCCAUGGAAGGAGGUGAUGACGCUGAUGAUCUCUUGGCUACUUAUAUGGAUAUGGAGAAAAUCGAGUAUUUCGACGAUAAACAAAAUGAUCCCAUGAAUUGUCAUGACAAUGCUCCUCAAGAUCAUCAUCAUAAUAACAAUAAUAAUCAAAAGCCUAGACAUUGCAUGUUAGUCGAUGAAUUUUCAGGAAUUUCGAGUAAUAAUGACAAUGAUAAUAACAAUGAUUAUAGCAAGAUUAGCAAUAAUAAUUCUGGGAUUGCUUCUUGUGAAGCUAAGAAGGCUAUGCCUCCUCAUAAAUUGGCUGAAUUGUGGAUUGCUGAUCCUAAACGAGCUAAGAGGAUUUUGGCUAAUAGGCAGUCUGCUGCUCGAUCGAAAGAACGAAAGGCUCGAUAUAUGCAGGAGCUAGAGAAAAGAGUCAAAUCUUUACAAACUGAAGCAACUGCACUCUCCGUACAGCUCUCACUUUUUAAGAGAGAUACAACUGGUUUAACAAACGAGAACAUGGAUCUUAGACGUCAAUUAGAGUCCAUGGAACAACAGGCUCAACUACGUGAUGCUUUGAAUGACGCGCUCAAACAAGAACUAGACAGGCUUAAGGCUGCUACUGGAGAUACUUCAAACACUGCAGACACCUUCGUUAUGCCACAACAGAAUGCACCACAUCAUUCGCAACAGCAGCAACACCCCCACCGCCAACAGCAGCAGCAAUCAUCCUGUCCGUUCGACUCAAACAUGCUCAUGAGCCCUCAUCAAAUCGACUCACAUAACUCAAAAAUGUCCUGUUUACAACCCUUUGAGAUGAAGAUCUCCCGCCCUUCUCCAGCACUUGACUCACACCAAACAGAACCAAUCGAAGCAAUAAUGAUUAACAUGGCUCAGCAACCAAAAGUACCACAACAUUUCCCCAUUGAUAGAGGCAGUUUUCUUCCAUUCGAGUCAUCUAAACCAAGAGUGCCACAAUUUUGUACAAACGAAGCAAAUAUGAGUUACCCUCCUCAGGCAAUGGACUCACCCCUCGGAAAUAUUUCACCAUACACGUUUGAAUCAAACAGCCAAAGCCCCGAGCAAGAAGUAUACACAACAUCUCGAACACAAAUGCUUGGACAAAUGCCUAUAAAUGAUCAUAGUAACAAAUGGCAAGGUCUUGAUAUCAAUGGUUUAAACUCUUAUCAUGUGAAAGUAGAAGGUCCAUCUAUUAUUGCCAAUGAAAAUAUGAAAGCAUUUUAAUCUAAUUCCCCUGCUUCGUUUUUGUCAGCUGAUUAAGAUAUAGAAGAAAGCAUAUAAUUUUUUUUCAGCUUUCGAAAAUCUUUGUUAGCUAGCCUUGCUCAAUUGGCUUUCUUCCAUGCCAAACAUUCUCUGUAUGUAAUUUCAAAAUAGUUCAUUUUUCAAUUUAAACUGUAAAUGGUUUUUUUUUA